GGGGCCGGGGUAUGCGCGUGAAGAAAAGACCGCGCAUCACGUGACCGCUGAUGACUCCCAGCCCUUAUCAUUUGAGGAGUAACGGCCCAUACAGAUAUUUAUGUGUGUGCAUGUUUUUCUGAGCCAUCAGCGUUAUAUUUUUCUUCUUUGAGCAGCGGGAGAUAUCGGACGGAGAAAAAAAAAAAAAAAAAUCAUAGGAUGCAAUUUAAAGGAGCAGGAGGAUUAUAGCAUCAUUCUCGGAUUGUGAACGCGGAGUUUUGGUUCUGAAGGCAGCUCAGCUUGAGGUUUGUGCACCUGCUUGGUAAAGUGGAGGAAAAUACAGAACAGUGAUCAUGGCAGAAAACAACUUCCCUCCCCUGCCUAGGUUUAUCCCCCUGAAGCCAUGUUUUUACCAGGACUUCAAUGAAAUUCCAGACCAUCAGCGCACCAUGUGCAAGAGGCUCUACUACCUCUGGAUCUUGAACUCUGCCACGCUAGCUGCUAACCUGAUUGGCUGCCUGGCCUGGAUGUGCGGCGGUGGAGGAGCCACCAACUUUGGCAUGGCCUUCCUGUGGCUCAUACUCUUCACUCCUUGUUCCUAUGUGUGCUGGUUCAGGCCCAUCUACAAGGCCUUUAAGACCGACAGCUCUUUCAACUUCAUGGCUUUCUUUUUCGUCUUCAUGGCUCAGGUGGUGAUAAGUAUAAUCCAGGCCGUCGGCAUCCCCGGUUGGGGGGUCUGCGGCUGGCUGGCGACCAUCACCUUCUUCAGCACCAACAUCGGCUCAGCUGUAGUAAUGCUGAUCCCCACCAUCAUGUUUACUGCAGUGGCUGUGCUCUCCUUCGGCGCCCUCGCUAAGGUCCACAACUUCUACCGCGGCAGCGGUGGCAGUCUGGGAAAAGCCCAGGAAGAGUGGACCACGGGGGCCUGGAAGAACCCGCACGUCCAGCAAGCCGCUCAGCAGGCAGCCAUGGGAGCAGCACAGGGCGCCAUGCAGCAAAACCAAUACUCAGCGGCUCCCACCUACAACUACGACGACCCAAUGUAGGACAGACGGGCAGGCCGGAGGAGUGGAGUGGGAGAGCUAAAAAGGGAUCAAUUAUGAACACAACUAAGAAUUAGGUGCCCUUUAUUUUAAUGCAGCACAGGCUCAUUUGAGAUAGAAAAAUGUAUGGGGGAAAUGAGACAGAACUGCACUUUUGAGCAAAUUUUAAAGUUUUAGGAGGUUCACUUUUAGAUCAAGAAAUUGUUAUUGUUUUGCUGCUCAGCAUGUAUGUUGAUUUUCACCAGUCUUAUAUGGCUAUUUUAGCUCAUUCAGGUCCCCGUGGUGUGUUGUUUUCAUGUAGCAGCACUCACGUUUUGACAUUUCCCGCUUCAUUUUGAAUCCCCUUUGUGUUACUGCAGGGAGUAACAGCUGUAGCUUGCAUUUGGAAUGAAACCUCUGUAGUCCUUACAAAAAGUUUUAAAUUGUGUUUUUUCGUUAAUACAUUUUAGCUAACAGGUCACAUAAAAAUGUUAAGAAAACCUGAAGGAUUAGUUUUUGAAAAAUGUUAAAGUAUUGAUAGCAUGCUAGCUAACUUAGCCUAGCUAGCCACCCCUGCCCCCCCCCCCCCAAAAAAAAGAUUUGAAGGGAAAAAGUAUAUCUUACUAUGUCUGAAUGCAACACAAUCCCUGCAGUCAGUCCUAACUUUGUUUCUUGUGUCUUAAAGCAGGAUUCUAGACGUGGUUUUAAAGGAGUCAAAGUCAUUGUUCUAUCUCUCUCGUCCGUAUGCUAGGCUAAGCUGCUAGCGAUAGCAUCACAUUUAGACCUACCACAGACAAGUGUAUUGGCAGCCCUGGUACAGAUGUGCUAAGUCCUUUCGUAUUUGCAGCAAUGUAAUCUCACAAGAGAAAGAAAAAUACAAUACAAACUUUUCUUGAGUGCAUUUAUUGUGUCAAAAAAAGAAGAUGUUUGGAAAAAAAACUUUUAUUAGAAUUGCCAUCCCCGCUGGCGUAAUUAUUGGGAGCUUUAAUGUUAAUGCUUGGAAUAAGACAACAUAAACAUUUCACAAGGUGGGAACAUACAGAGAGAGGAAUCUUUCAGCAUUCCUCUUUGAACAAUCUCUCUUUAUCAUCAGGCUCCUCUUGCAUACUUUCUUCUCCUCAGCUCACCCCACUUGUUUUCUCAAGGAUUUUUGAUCAGGGAAUUAAUGAGUUAAUUAUGACCUUUGACUAGGCAAAUAAAAACUUUUCAAAUAGCCACCUGAUGAAUUCUGAUUUUGUGUCUGGUGAACCAUGUGUUUUGAUCUGACCUAAUUUUGGGUCAUAAGCCUCUUUAAAGACCCAGUAAUGAUCUAUUAUUUUCGUCUACUAGAAGAGUCUUCCUUCAUUUUAUUUAAAAUGUGUUUUGAUUUUAAAGAGGUGCUGAUACCAUGCUCUCUAACAAGGUUUAUUGGCCCACUGGAAGAGAAAAAGGCACAGAGCAUCACAGAUCCUCCACAAUAAUUAACAGUGGGCCUGAGGUGGUUUUUUUAAAAGGCAUGAGGUGCCCUGUAAAGGGGGCUUUUCUGUGCUAAGCAUGCCAUGAUAGUAAUCAAGUUUGAGGUAAAAUGUUUCUAAAAGGAAUUUAAAUAUGAGAUUACACUACUGCCAUAAAACCAUACUUUAUUUAAAGGCUUUUUACAGAUCUUUACCAGCGAUGCCAAUGAAUUUAACCUCUACGUUUUCAUCUGAAAUAUUGUUUGCGGGCUUCUUUUGUUUGAAGAUUAGGUUAAUUUAAAGUCAACGUUUUCCACAUUCUCAGGUAAAGUGCUAUAGCCAGUGUUUAAGCAUGUAGAACAUCAUGUUUUUGGUCAUAUAUGCCUUUGCUCUAUUGCCCCAGUCUACCCAUAGAGGAAAAUUUGCUUUUUGCCAUAAGGUGGUUGUAAAUCUGUUGAGCAAGCUGUUUUCAGUUCAGUGAAGCACACACCGUGUUUAGGGUUUUUAUUGGAUAAACAUUCCAAAUCAAUGUUGUACAGGUGAAGAGUGAAGGAAAACCAAAACAACAAUUUAAAAAGCAAAGCAGAAAUGGUAAAUAAUGGUGAUAUUUGUUGUAGGCGUUCAGAGUGAUGGAUGUUUCCCUCCCCCUUUAGCAUAUUCUUCCAUGAACCCUUACAAGUGGAUGCUUGUGAACUUCAGGCCUAACGUUAAUGCGUCGUCUUGUGGCAGUUGGUGUUUUUCCAUAAAAUUAUGUAAUUUAUAAGGUAAAAUAAUUACGCCAAGGUCAAUAAUUUCCUCAUGAAGUGAUACUUAAUAAAGAAGACGAACGUGUGGAGCCCAUGCAAGGCCUGAUGGAGUGAGUUAAGAGCCCCUUUGGUUUUAAGCCAGAAGAUUUCAGGGUAGUGUAACUUUUUUUUUUGUUAUUGAGAACUUCCUCAGUGUUCAGUAGAUGGUUAUUACAGUGAAACAAAGUAUUAAGCUUGACAAAGCUGCAAAGAUGUGUAACUAAAUGGUCAUUAUUUCAAAAUCUGUCGGCCGUCUUGUCCCGUUGUGAUGAUGUGGUUUUCUAUAAGCUCUGUUUUUGCUUUCCCUGUUUUAUUUUGCACCCUCCACUGUUUUUUCUGUGCAUUUCGGGUGACGUGUAGACGAGACUGAAGCACAUGUUCAUUGUGUCCUCUCCAUGGCCUCUCUGGUGAAGUGUUGCUUAAACUAUAAUUCUUUGACAGUGUGUGUUCUUUUUUAUUAUUUAACUCAAUGUUUGAGCUGGGUUACCUGUAGAGAUUCACAACAAAGUAAGUUGAAUUUACAGUGAAGCAAUACUUCUUAGUAUACUAAACACAAUCUAGUCGGGUUCGGCACAAACUGGCUUCCUUUAAUGUUACUUGGCUUUUAUAUUUAGCAAAAUGAAAGGAAGAACAGACCUGUUUUAAAGCUGGACUGCUUGAUAUUUGAUUUUGCAACAGCAGAAUCUUUUUCCCACCACCAGAGGCACAUAAAGUAGUUAUUACUCUGUAAUUGGCACCACACGUCUGCCCAUCUGUUAGUAAAUGGUCAUCUAAAACAUUGCACAGACAUAUGCAGUUGAUGGGAUUAGGAAAAUUAGCUGUGAAUUUAUUGUGUCCCAGCAACUGCGGUUCCUUGGACAGACAUCACUCUGCGUUUCGUGUCGCUGUAUCAAAGCUUCUGGAAGCCAUUUCCCAUGUUUCCCGCCCUUACUGUACUGUAUGUUGUAUGAAAUGUAUUAUCAUGUACUAUAUCAUAAGUAGGUCUGAAUAUAUAAUGAGAUAAAUAUUUGCCAUGGAUAAACACACUCAGUAGGAACAUGCUGUACUUAGGUGAAAUAAAUGUUUGAGGAGGCCGUGUCUCCAUAAGUGACGUAAGUGAGGAAUAAAAUCUUUGUGUAUUACUUUUGUAUUAUUUGGUCUUAUCCUAAUAGAAAUUAAAUUGUUCUUGUUGCA